GGGCCCCGUGGGAGUUUGUUGGCCAACUGGCAGCGACAGUCCGAGCUCUGUGGUUUAAGGGCCAGUUAAAGGAACUUUGCCAACUGUUUCUUAACAAAGCAUUGUAGGUGAGCAGAAGAAACUAAGUUCUGAAGAACAAUUCAACAAGAGUGAGAGUUGCCUAAAACUUUUUCUUUGAAAAGUCCUGAAAGAGAAAAAUGCUCUGUAAGGGGCCCCAUUAAUCACUACAAAGGGAGCAAUGAAGCAUAGCUGAAUCUGCUUUAUUAACACGUAACUUUAAUAUGACAAAAAAUAAUAACAGCCCUCAUACGAACCUGACCAAGAUAAAAGUGGUAAACAUUUUUUCCACAGUAUUGUGUUGCACCCACGACUCGUCUGUAGGUCUGUCCUGUUUGAACUGGUGUGUAAACACUGGUCGUUUCACCUUUUCAACCCUUCCGUCCACAAUCCUCAUUGGCUCCAGACUAGAGCUGCAGUAUUGAUUGAUUCAUCUUGCCCUCUUUCUGUUUUUCAACAAGUUAUGACAAAUGUAGCUACGGCAGUAGCUGGUAGCCUUCAUAGUUACUUGUUUUCCUUUCUGUGUUUCAGUGACUUAUGGAAACUCUCAACAUAAACCUGUCUUUCGUGUCCACCACGCCUCUUGCCUUGUUCUUUUAUUCUCUGCUAUAGCUUGCCCUACUCCGUUCAGUGCUGACGACAAAUACCUCUGUUCGCUUUUUUCAUUUUCCAAAAGACUAGGCUGGAAUAAUGUGCAAAAAUAAACACUGCUUCGACAAAAUACGAGAUCACCUUUCAACACCAACCAAGGCAGCGUCACUCUGCACACUGAAACCUUCAAAGCGCAGGCCCUUCCCUCCUUCUUGCCUGAGGGCUGAUGGACAAUGAGGACGUACGUGGGAUGAUGCAGGGCUGCAACAUGGUGAAAAUCCGCUCUUCUAGGUGGCAGAAGAGGCGAAACCUGCGGCUGCUGGAUGACGGACUCACUGUGUGGUGUGAAUCCACCAAGAGGUCCCGCAAAGCAAAAGCCCAGCAGACAUUCGCAGUGACAGAAGUGGAGUGUGUGCGUGAAGGCUGCCAGUCCGAGGCGCUGAGGCGGCUGGGUGGGUCGUUGCCGGAGGGCAAGUGCUUCACGGUGAUCUUCAGGGGCGCCAGGAAGAGCCUGGACCUGCUGUGCCCGAGUGAGGAGGAGGCUCAGCGCUGGGUGCGAGGACUCUGCACUCUAAAGGAGCACGUGGCCGACAUGUCUCAGAAGCAAAAGCUGGACCAUUGGAUCCGAAGCUACCUGAGGCGAGCGGAUGACAACCAGGACGGCAACAUGAGCUACGACGAGGUGAAGCGGCUGCUGCAGAUGAUCAACAUUGACCUGAGUGAGCACUAUGCUCUCUGUUUAUUCAAGAGGUGUGACAGAUCCGGUGAUGGUCGUCUCGAUCACGUAGAAAUUGAGGAGUUCUGCCGGGAGCUGCUACGACGGCCCGAGCUGGACGCAGUCUUCAGACACUAUUCGAGUAACGGUUCUGUGCUCGCCAUGGCUGAGCUGCGGGACUUCCUGGGAGACCAAGGGGAAGACGCCUCGUUGAAUCAUGCCCAGAGCCUCACACUCGCCUAUGAGCUCAAUGGCUGGGCUCAGAAGAACCACUUCAUGACCCAGAGUGGUUUCACCAUGUACAUGCUGUCCCGGGAGAACAAUGUUGUUAAUCCCGCCCAUGCCAGAGUCUACCAGGACAUGAGCCGCCCUUUGACCCACUACUUCAUCUCCUCUUCCCACAACACUUACCUUACCAAGGACCAAGUCACCGGCGCCAGCAGCACCGAGCCGUACAUCAGGGCUCUAAAUCAGGGCUGUCGCUGCGUGGAGCUGGACUGCUGGGAUGGAGAUAAAGGUGAACCUGUCAUCUACCACGGCCACACGCUCACCUCCAAGGUGCCUUUCAAGGAGGUCAUUGAAACCAUCGCCCAGUACGCCUUUAAGGCGUCACCGUAUCCUCUGAUCCUGUCCUUGGAGAACCACUGUUCUUUGGAGCAGCAGGCUGUCAUGGCCAAGCACCUCCGCACCCUCCUGGGCAGCAAACUUCUCACCAAGCCUCUCGGUGCCCAACCGCCACAGGAUCUGCCUUCUCCUGAGGAGCUGAAAGGGCGUAUUCUAGUAAAAGGGAAGAAGCUGAUUCCUCACUUAGGCCAGUCGGGCAAGGGUGGCAGCUGCUCCAGCUUCGCCUCAAGCUUUGAAGAUGAACCCGUAAGUGGCAGUAGGAACACCCCCAAGAAGGAUGCUGCAAAGGUCUGUUCUAAACUCAGCCCAGAGCUGUCGGAGCUGGUGGUGUACUGCAGCAGUGUCCCAUUCCGGGGCUUCGAAAAUGCGUCUGAAAAACCUCCAAAUGAAAUGUCCUCCUUCUCUGAAAGUGAAGCCCUCAGGCUCAUCAAAGACUCGGGAAAGCUUUUUGUGAGACACAACAGCAGGCAGCUGAGCAGGAUUUACCCCUCCGGCCAGCGCCUCCAAUCAUCCAACUAUGAUCCUCAGGCAAUGUGGAACGGCGGCUGUCAGAUGGUGGCUCUAAACUUCCAGACUUCCGGGGAGCAGAUGGACCUGAACCAGGGUCGCUUCCUCACCAAUGGUCGCUGUGGAUACGUUCUCAAACCGGACUUCCUGUGCAGCCCGGCUUCCGUCUUUGACCCGGAGAACACGGGCGGAGGCCCCGGUCACACCCCCACCCAGCUGACUAUACGCAUACUAUCUGCACAGCAGCUGCCAAAAAUCAACACAGACAAGGCCAGCUCCAUCGUGGACCCGCAAGUGUCUGUUGAAAUUCAUGGGGUGGCUAUUGAUAACGCAAGAAAUAAAACCCACCGCAUUGACAACAACGGUUUCAACCCACGGUGGGACUGCACGCUGAGCUUCCAGCUGCAGGUCCCUGAGCUGGCUCUCGUACGGUUUGUUGUGGAGGACCACGAUCACAACGCCAAAAAUGACUUUGUGGGGCAGUUCACUUUACCUUUCAUAAGCCUACAAAAAGGUUAUCGACACAUUCAUUUGUUGAAGGCAGACGGUUCCAGUCUGUCGCCAGCCACACUCUUCAUCCAUGUUAAAGUGACCCGCAAAGUGCCCUUCAAAACGGUGUCCGAGCGUAUCGCCAUUGCAAAGGGCAAGGUAUGACGUGCAUCUGAACUUAAUGGAAACCUGCAUUUUCUGAAAAACGAAGCGCUUUGGAGAAGGUGCUCUGAAUGUAAGCAGAGAGAGAGAGUCCGCUGCUGUUGCCGCCAGCCGGCUUCCCCGUCCAGACUUCCAAGUGGUCCAAUUUGCACGGAGCCGCUACAGGAGGAGAGCUGUUGUUUUUCAGAGAAGAGGAAGCACACUGGCUCUUAGCAAAUGAAUUGGCUGUGGGUGGAUAAUGAAUCCAUGAUGGACUGUGGGAGAUCUUGUCAGAGCUCAGUGGUCUGGAAACAGAGUACGGAGGAUUGUGGCUAGUGAGAAAGACCAACGUGGGACUCGUUUCUAAAUUCCUUUUAGUGUUGUUCACUCUCAUGUGUAGGUGGUUAUCUAAUAACCUGUUGAACUGAAGAUAUUGUUAAUUCAUCUUUUGAUAGUAUUUUAACAUUUUUAUACUUCAGUAGUUGACUUAAACAAAUGAGCAUCUUUUAAAUAGAAACAAUAGUUGCUUAACUUGACUGCUGUAUCAUUUAAUAACUGCUCUGAGAGAAAAUCCAAGCAUGUGAAUAAAAUUAUCAAAAUUGUUUUAUUAAUUAUGUCAACAUUAAUUGUGGUCUAAUCGCAAUCUAAUAGUUGUUAUCUAUGAAGGAUGAACUUGAAAUAUAAGAAGUAUUGACUCUAACUUAACAUUUUUGCAAAUGUCAUUUGUUUUAUUUGCCUCAGCAUUGCUUCACAUGUGCUAACGUGCUCACAUGUUUUUAUUUAGUUAUUUGCUUGAAGGCUCCUUUUGCCUUUGUUUUUCUAUUAACAUUGCUGCAUAAUUAUUAUGUGGUUGAGCGCCAAUUGCAACCAGCACAACCUAAAGUUACUUUAGGCGACAACGAAUCAUUUGGUGCUCUUAUAAGGAGAUUCCUGAUUAUAACAUGUAACAUGGAUUACUGUAAUAACAGGAUAUAUGAUCAGGAUUGAUUUCAAUAUUAUGUAAAAAAUAGUUCAGUAUGAUGCAGUGUUACAGUGUAAAGCCUGCGUUGUGUGUCUGACAGUUGGUAUUAUGUAUACAGUAGAAAAUACUGUUUUUAUAAAAGCACUAACAACGCAA